AUGAACGGUGGAGGGGGAGGGUUGGAUGAGGCCACCGCCACCGCCGCCGCCAAGGCGUCCAGGAAGCAGAAGCUCGAUUUGAGCAGCGGCUUCAUUCGACACAUCCAAUACAUGCAGCGAGUCCGGAACAGAGUGGAAGAAGAAUGGCAACGUGAACAACAACCAGAGCGGGUGAGCAAAGCAGCAAGACAGCAGCAGAUAGGCCACCCACGCAAACCCACGCGUCGGGUUGCCCAACGUGUCAAGGCCAACAUGCCCACGAGCCAGGACUUGAGACGACACAGACAGCGCGAGCUGUCAAGGAACGGACCAAGCGGCAAGCUUGCUUCGAGAGCAUUUGGGGCGCUGCUUGGAGGCGAUGAAAAGAGGAAGCGGGCAAAGCCAGAGGGACCAUCACCAGCAUCAUCGUCAUCAUCACCCUCAUCAGCGUCGACAGCGUCGACAGCCACUGCCCAACAACGGCAGACAGCAGAGGCGGGGAAGGCCAGGAUGCAACAACAGCAACAGCAGCAGCAGCAGCAGCAACCGGUUCAAGUGGAGGCUGGGCAGUCACCAAACAUGCAGCACGCCGCCAUGUCUCCAGCUGCUCGCAUGCCAACAGAAACACAGCCGCUAUCGACAGCACCGGCGAUACUGGUGGUAGCAUCGCGCCCACGCCCCAUCUUCAAGCUGGAGGUUGAGCUUGAUGACAACGAAACAGAGGUGCUUGUGGUGCGUGAAGGGGAUGAGCUGGAGACGGUUGUGCAGGACUUUGGGCUGCAGCACCACCUGACCGACGAGCAGAUUGCCGCCCUGACACAGCACCUCGUUGAAGAGUUCAACAAGGCCCUGCAUCACCAGCCCUGA